CCCCCCUGACCAUGUCCAGUUUAAACCUCUACGGUUCCUACAACCCGAACCGCACCACUUCAAUCGAAUCAACCGACGACGGCGUCCUCAAAAACUUCAUCUCUCCGGAAGUGCGCGCCAAAAUCAUGACCGGCCGACUAUUUACCGUGGUGGAGGACGGGGAAGAUUGGCCCGACUUUGGCUACUUUUACUACGCCAGCAAGUGGUCGGAGAUUUACGAGUGUCUGGACGAUGACGACGAGGACGCGCUGGAUGAGUUUGUGGGAGUGGGUUUCGGAAGCUGUUCCGAGGGACAGACGGAACCCGGGUCGUUGUCCUGGGUCGAGUGGGAGGAGUUGCUGCGGGGGAAUCUUUGUGGGAGGGUUUUUGGUGAGACGGAUGAUCUGGUGCUGUCUCCGGCCAAUAAUGAGGAUGGUGGUCGCCCUUGGAGUACGGACGACUUUUCGAGAGGGGAAAAGCUGGGUCGGGGAGCGUUCGGGAUUGUUUACGCGGUACAGGAGCGACGGACCGGGCACCUGGUGGCCAUCAAGGCCGUGGACAAGCGGAUGGUUGAACAACGGAAGUGCACGCUGCAGAUCCAGCGCGAAACGCAACUUCAAUUCGGCCUCACCCACCAGAACAUUUGCCGCCUGUUUGACCACUUCGACGACCGACACCGGAUCUACCUGGUCCUGGAGUUCGCCCCGAACGGCACCCUCGCCAACCUCCUCAAAACCCUAGCCCCGUCCAAAACCCUCCCGGAACCACUUUCCGCCCGCUUCCUACGAAUGCUAGCCGCCGGCCUCGACUACAUCCACACCCUCGGCAUCAUCCACCGGGACGUCAAACCGGAAAACCUGCUGCUCGGCCCUCGCAACAUCCUCAAGCUGGCCGACUUUGGCUGGGCCGUCCCGGAGCGGGACGCGUCCGCCUGCACCGUGUUCUGUGGCACCGAAGAGUACCUCGCGCCGGAAAUGCUCAAACGGGUGCGCGUCACAACCCAGCUGGACAUGUGGGCCGCCGGAGUGGUCCUGUACGAGAUGCUGGUGGGGCGGACGCCCUUUCGAGGGGCCAACCGGGCGGAAACGUUUUGCGGGAUUUUGCGCGGGGAGUUUGCGAUUCCGGAGCUGUCGGUGGGGGCCAGGGUGCUGGUGGUGGCUCUGCUGUGCCAGAAGCCGGAGAUGCGAUUGACGGCGGAGCGGGUUUGGUACGAUCGGUGGGUGAGGGAGCAGGGGGACGAGGAGUGAUUUGGUGCUUUUUGCUUUUGUUCUCUGUUUAAAAACGUGUAAUGAUUUCAAGGUUUUGGUAAAAGU